AUGAGUGCUGAAGUGAAGGUGCUGCUGGAAGCGCAGCACGACAUUCAUGGUCGGAUCUCCCGCGCCGUGGACAAUCUGAGGAAGAUGGGCGUGAGCAACAUCACCCGCGACGCCAUCCAAGCUCGCCUCGGCAUCCUGGACAAUCUCUGGCAAAAAAUGGAGACCCAGCAUGAGCUCAUUCGUGCGGCGCUGAAGGACAAGUAUCAGGAGAGUGAGUACGCUGUAUCUGAUUUUAUUGAAGUCGCGGAGAAUACUUACGUGACACAACGUAGCACGCUGACCAGCUACGCUGAGAAGCUUAAGGGCGAAACGCCCGCCGCGCUCAGAGGCGAGCCGGACCACGAUCGGGCUCCUAAAACCUCGUUGCCGCGCAUCAAGCUUCCGACGUUUGCGGGAUCUUACGAAGAAUGGCCGUCAUUCCGCGACCUCUUCCAAUCAGUCAUCGGGGCGAAUGAGUCAGUCUCCGACAUCGAGCGAUUUCACUACCUCCGGUCUUGUGUCAAGGGAGCCGCUGAAAAAUUGAUAAAAUCAUUAACGGUGACCGGUGAUAAUUACCAUCGCGCUUGGACGAUUUUGAGCAAGCACUUCGAAAACAAAAGGGAGCUUAUCCGUUCUAAUUUCGCCGCGUUCACCUCCGUUCCCAAAAUGAAGUGCGAGUCAGCGGGAGAACUCGGUCGCAUUCACAACGCCGUAACGACCGCGGUGAACGCGCAGGAGAGUAUAGGGAGACCCAUCAACUCCCACGGUAUGGAUCUCCUCAAUUUUCUCACCGUCGAAUUGUUCGAUUCGCGUACACGGAUGGAAUGGGAGUCCUCGACCUGCGACUCCACUGAUCCGCCAGACCACGGCGCUCUCGUCAACUUCAUCGCUAAGCGCAUUCUCACGCUAAACGCCGCUAGGCCACGAGUAUUGCAACCAAACUCCGAUGGCGCGUCGCGAACCGCGAAAGCUCACCACACGAAGACCGGAUCCGAUCACUUGAAGUGCGCACUGUGCCAGGGGAAGCACACCCUCAUGCAGUGUAACGACUUCAAGGCGAAGUCCGCGAUAGACCGAAAGUCCUUUGUAGAGCAAGGUAGACUGUGCUACAACUGUCUCGGGAACCACAUGAUCUCCAAGUGCCAGUCUGUGAAGACCUGUCUGACGUGCAAGGGCAAGCACCAUACUACACUGCACGACGCGUACACGUCGCCCUCCUCCAACGAGGUGAACGCCCUGUCUGCGAUGCACUCCUCGUCUGAGCGUAAAGCGAUCCUCCUCGCGACAGCUCGCGUGCACCUCACUGACCGCGCCGGGGAUCUUCAUCCGGUCCGAGCGAUGCUCGAUCAAGGAUCCGAGGUGUCGAUCAUCUCCGAAGCACUGGUCCAACGGCUGAGACUUCCCCGCUCCCGCUCCUCAGUGUCCAUAAUCGGCAUCGGCGAAUCACGAUCCGGGUCAACCCGCGGGAGAGUGGCACUCAGUCUCUCCUCGAUGAUCACCGGAGCCAAACUCAAGGCCGUCGCCUUCGUGUUACCGCGCCUGUCGGCCUAUCAGGGUUCUUCGGUGAAGAACCUCCCCUCCUGGCCUCACGUUCAUGGUCUUGAGCUCGCUGACCCCAGGUAUCAGGAGCUCGAUCCGGUAGAACUAUUGUUGGGCGCGGAAGUCUGCUCAACCAUCCUUGAAGUCGGCCUUCGCAAGGGUAGUCCUCAAGAUCCCAUUGCCCAGAAAACAGCCCUGGGAUGGAUCCUGUCAGGGGGGUCCAGCGCAGCACCCUUCCAAGGACCCCGUAACUCCUUGCAGUGCACUGUCGACCAAGAGCUCAAUCAGCUUGUGCACAGCUUUUGGGAGCAGGAAAGGGAACUCCCCUCCUCCGGUGCCCUUAGACCGGAGGAUCAAGACGAUGGACCUUCGGAGCAAGAGAGAUCCUGA